AUGAAAGGUGUAAAAUAUAUUAUUUAUAUUAUUAUUUUUUUUAAUUCAUUAGUAAAUUCUUAUGUAAUAGAUGAAAGUAUUAAUAUAACACCUCUAGAUAAUAAUUUGGUACAUGUUAAACUAAAAUUGAAUAUUAAUGGUAAAGAUUAUAAAGAAUUUCUUCCUUUAAAUAUAUUAAAAAUAUUAGAUUAUGUAAAAUCACUUAAAAUUAAUAUAAAAAGAGGUGUAUACAGAAAUAAUUAUAACAAUAAAUAUUUGGAUUCCUAUCCUUUUGGUUUUACUCUUGUAGUCGAAUUAAAGAAGAAAGAAAAAAAUAAAUUUUCUAAAGGAAAUGAAUAUAGUGAAUUUUCAAAUGACGAAUUAUUCCUUCUACGACAACUAUUAAAUGAUAUUUGGUCUAUUACAGGUGUAUCAACUAACCUUUUGAAAAUAAAAGAUUUGAUUAAAGUAGAUAAUGAAAUUUUUGCAUUUUUACCUGAUGAAAGCAUUUGUACUGAAAACUUUUCAUUAAUUAAGAAGCUUUAUCCCUGCAAAAAUUUUGGAGGGUUAUUUAAUUCUGUAAGUCCCUCAUAUUUAAUAUCAAAGCUUUCUAGCAAUAUCGGGUUUGUGCUAAAGGACGAUAUUGAAAAUUGUUUAGUUAUGUAUGUUGAUUAUGUUACAACACAUGAACACAAAAGAGAUGUAAGGAUAAUAGAUUUGAUAAAUAGUAAAUAUAAUUUAAAUGAAUGUCCUUUAAUAGAUAGAACUGCACUCAUGGUUAAGAAAAAAAAAGAAAAUUUGGUUACAACAGUAUUAGAAAGAUAUGGUAAGAUAGAUUUAGUAUAUGAAAACAUAAAUUUGUAUAGUAUUCUACAAAAUGAAAAAUAUAAUAUCAUAGAAGAAUAUAUAAAUGUUAAUGUGGCUAAAGAGGAAGCUAACAGUAUGAUAUCAACUGAUAUAAAAAAGAAACAGAGUUCAUUAUUAUAUAUAUUUCAAAAUUUAAAUAAAAAUCACAACAGCAAUUUUUUAUUUGUUGACAAAUUACCAUAUUAUUUAUCACCAUUAUUACAUACUAUGAUGAUUCAAGGAAAAUAUUCUCAUGGAGAUAAUAAAUUGAAAAAACAUUGUAAUUUUAUAUAUUUUGGGUAUAAUGUAAUUAAACAAUUUGAUCUUAAAUUUAGUAAUUUUGAAACUCUUAAAAACUCACGAAGUAAUGGAAACUAUUACUACCUAAAUUUUAAAUAUAACUUGCCACCUCAAUGUGAAAUUAUAAUAAGAUUUGAAGUAGUCAAAAUACAAAUUAGAUCAUUUGAAUUUGAAUUUGAUAUAGAUAGAGGUAAAUUAUUAGGAAGUGGAAUAUUUAAACAAAAAAGAAAUCAUAUUCUACAUAAAAAUGAUGACUUUAUGUAUAAAUAUACCUCUUCCGUAUUAAUAGAUACUAUUUUACCUGACACAAGUAUGCCUUUUAAUGUUAUAGCUAUCUCAACAUGUGUUAUCACGUUAUUUUUUGGAUUUAUAUUUAAGCUUACAGCAAAGGAAGAAACAAGAUAUAUUUAA